AUGAGCGACUCUGAGAGAAAGGUCAAGCGAGCCCGGGAUACGCUGAGCUCCAUAUACUCGUUUUAUGUUAAGAACCGAGAAUCUAUUGAAAAUGUCCCUUCUUUCAUAAGCAACUCCAGCCGCGAGGUCCAAAUUAAGAUCACGGCCUCCACUGUACCGUCCGCUGAGCAAACCGAAGAGCUAAAAGCUGAGCUGAGGGAGCUUGCCAGGACGCAAGAGGUAAUCAACAGUAUUCCGGAAUCCGAACGAAGGGCCAUGAUUGAAGCGGCUACCGCCAGCACCAUCAGGCGCAAGCCCAAGAAGUGA